GGCUCGGCUGCCCGCGCUCGGCAGCGGGGCCGCGCCGACACGGAGGGGCCGUGCCGCGGCUGGGGCUCCGGUACCGCCAUCCCUCCAGCCUUCCUUCCUUCCAUCCCCGCCCGGCAUCCCCACCCCCGGGGUCCCGUCCCCUCCCCGUCCCCUCCCUGCCCUGCGGGUGCCCCCGGUGCUCUCCGUGGGCUGUGGGUGCCGUUUCCCCUCCCUCCGCUCGGGGUGGCCCCGGGCUGAGCCCCCCCGGCGGGGCCGCGGCGCAGCCUGCCCGCGGGAGGGCUCUGCUUUUUAUCCUGUUUAUUAUUUUUAGCCUUCGUUACAAUUCCCAAUUUUAUUAUCGGUUUUUAACGCCGCCCGGGGAGCGCGGGAUGGCGCUCCGGGGGCAGCCCCCGCUCCGUGCCCCCGGGGAGCGCUGCCCGUGGUAGGUGUCCCCCGGGGCUGUCCCCGCCAGGGACAGGGCAGCAUGGGGCAGGGGGCCCCGGGGCCGGCCGGGGCACUGCUGGACGUGGGGCACACGCUGCCUCCCGCCGGGGAUGCGCUGAGCCACGCACCGGGCCUGGAUUGCUGGGAGGUUCGGGAGCACAACAGCUCCGAGUGGUGCCACUUCAUCCGGAGCAACCCCGACUGCCGGCUGGACGGGGGCUUCCUCAACUACCUCGAUGGCGUCUUCUGUGUCUUCCCGCCCCGGCUGCUGCCCCUGGCUGUCACUCUCUAUGCUCUCUGGCUCCUGUACCUGUUCAUCAUCCUCGGUGUGACAGCAGAGAAAUUCUUCUGCCCCAAUUUGUCAGCCAUCUCCACCAACCUGAAGCUGUCCCACAACGUGGCAGGUGUCACCUUCCUGGCCUUUGGAAACGGGGCCCCUGAUGUCUUCAGUGCUGUGGUGGCUUUCUCUGACCCCCGGACAGCGGGGCUGGCCAUCGGGGCCGUCUUUGGUGCUGGGGUGUUUGUGACCACGGUGGUGGCCGGGGGCAUCGCCCUGGUCAAGCCCUUCACGGCCGCCUCCAGGCCCUUCCUCAGGGAUGUCAUCUUCUACAUGGUGGCCGUCUUCCUCACCUUCGUGGUCCUCUACUUGGGCAGGAUCAGGCUGGGAGAGGCUCUGGGUUACCUGGGGCUCUACGUGUUCUACGUGCUCACCGUGGUGCUCUGCACCUGGAUCCACCGGUGGCGGCGCGGGGACGGGCCGGCCCCUCCCGGAGCCUGGGAGCCAGAGAUGCCGACAGAUGUGGAAGAGCCGGAGUCCUCGGGCACAAACAGUGGGGACUAUGGGGAGGAGUACCGGCCCCUGCUGCCCUCCCGGGACUCCUCCCUGCGCAUCCUCGGCUCGGCCCUCAGCCCCCUGGACUACCGCAAGUGGAGGAGGAAGCCCUGGUACUGGCGGCUCUUCAAGGCCUUCAAGGUGCCCGUGGAGCUGCUGCUGCUGCUCACCGUUCCCGUUGUGGACCCUGACAAGGAUGACCUGAACUGGAAGAGACCCCUCAACUGCCUGCACAUCCUCACCAGCCCCCUGCUCUGCGUGCUCACGCUGAAGUCAGGCACCUAUGGGCUGUACCAGAUCCAGGGCGUCUUCCCAGUCUGGGCACUGGUCACACUGGUUGCCUCUGCCCUGGCCCUCAUCAUCUUCAUCACCACAAGCAAUGAGGAGCCACCCAAGUAUCACUGUGUGUUUGCCUUCCUUGGCUUUUUGGCCAGUGCCAUGUGGAUCAACGCCGCGGCCACGGAGCUGGUGAACAUCAUGCGCACCCUGGGCAUCAUCUUCCAGCUCAGCAACACCGUGCUGGGCCUCACACUGCUGGCCUGGGGCAACAGCAUCGGGGACACCUUCUCCGACCUGACCAUGGCCCGGCAGGGCUAUCCCCGCAUGGCCUUCUCCGCCUGCUUCGGGGGCAUCAUCUUCAACAUCCUGGUCGGCGUGGGGCUGGGCUGCCUGCUGCAGAUGACCAGCAGCCAGCCGCUGGUGAAGCUGGAGCCUGACAGCCCCCUGGUGUGGGUGCUGGCCGGGGCGCUGGGGCUGAGCCUGGUGUUCUCCCUGCUGACGGUGCCGGCGCAGUGCUUCCAGCUGGGACAGGCCUAUGGCGUCUGCCUCAUCGCCUACUACCUGCUGUUCCUGUGCGUGGCCCUGCUCACCGAGUUCAGGGUCAUCCAUUUCUCCACCCCCUGAACGGCCCCAGGAGCUGCAGCCCUGGAGCCGGCUCUGCCCGUGCCCUGCCCUGUCCCUGCCAGGGGACAAGGACAGCUCGACCUCACCGUGCUGCUGGAGGUGCCAGCCCAGCCCCCGGGCCCCGCUGUCCUUUGGGGAAGGAGCUGUCAGUGCCCACAUCCUCUCCUCGCUCCCUUUAAUCUGUGUGAUUUAGGGAACUCCGGGCAGGAGCAGCAUCAAACCUCAGCUGGGUCGGGGGGCAGGAGCAGGGGAGGGGAAGCUCCAGCCCAGGGGCACAGCAGGGGAAGUUCUGCCUCCUCAGCUCACCUUCCCCUCCUCAGCUCCACGCCAUGCUCUGGGACAGAGCUGGGGCAGUUGUGCUGCACAGGGUGGCACUGCCACAGCCCAGACACACGUCUGUCCUUGGGAAGGACUGUCCUGUUGGCACUGUGGGCUGGAACAGCAGGCAGGGCACAGCCAGACAGGGUUCAGGGGACACAGUGCUCCAGGGACACACUGGGUUCAGUGCAAGCAAAACCUGAGGGAAAAACAAACACCAAACCAAGGGAGGCUGGUUUUUCCCCUGCUUUUUUUAGUGAUGUUUUUCAACCUGAGUUUCAGAUCCUACUUUUCUCCUCCUCCUGGGCUGGGCAGAGCUGUAGGAAAGGACCUGGAGGUUUCCACACACAGUGUUGACCUCUGGCAGGACUAGAUUUAAGCACUGUAAAAAAUUGCAAUAAAAAAAAAAACUAAAACACAAACACAAACCCAACCUUGACUUUUGCCUGCUGCAAGGGCCAUUCCUCCUGCUCUGUGCUGGUCUGACUCAGCCCUUAGUCAGCACCCAGCCUUUGGGGCAGAGGGAACAGCCAGGCCUGAGGACCCUGGGACACCCAGAGUGGUUUUUCCCCAGGGAGUGGGGAAGUGCUUUCCAGUGGCUGAUGUCCCAAGAGCAGUCACGUGCUGUGACACUGGGAACAGGGUCAGCACAGCCCAGUCCCUGGGGACAGGGACUCCUGCAGGGCCCACGGUGCCAGGAGAAUGGAGGGUGGGCUGGUGGCUCUGCUCCCAGCUGGAGGAUCCACGGACACGGGCUGGAACAGAGGGACACCCUCAUCCCUGCCCCAUGGGAGAGGGGGGUGUUGAGCAAACACCACAACUGUCAGACCUGGUUCCUCCUCCUCCUUUCCUCCUGGGCCUGGAGCAUUUCUCCUUUUUCUAACAGAUAUCAGCAGCUUUCACAGAAAAUAACCCUCCCUGUGCCCACAGCCACUGGCUGUGCCCCGAUCUUGCUCGGGCAGCUGCCGAACGAUCCGGGACACAACGCCCACUUCCUGCCACAGGCAGGGCUCAGCAAUCCAAACCCUGGCACACGUCCCAGGACAGAGGUGCAGGGUCAAACCCCCCUUCUGGCCUCAGCACUGCCCCGGGGCAGCCUUAAAAAACCUGACUUUGAAAGAGUUCUCUUGAUGUUUGGGCAAUAGGGAAGGCAGGCUUUGUAAUGUCCUGGAACAGGAAUCUGGAGCAUGCACACAAAGUAUUCCCAACACAAGCACCUGCCACCAGAGAGGGCAGGCAGGCUCUCUUCAAACACUGGAAAUGCUCCAGCUUGGCCAAAGCCACCUCUGGAACAACAGGGGAAGGAGGAAAGGAAGCCUUUACGAAGCCGAGGAUGCUCUUUAUUAGUGCGCCUGAAAAAAAUCUAGAGAACAUCUGACAGACACGUCCAUAAAAUCGGGUUUUUUAUAAACAAAACGCCAGCAUACAAAAUCCUGCAGUGCUUCCUCCCGUGCUCCCUACAAAAUGAUUGUCUCCAUUGUCAGUCUGUGUGUGGGGGGAGGGAGAGGAGGAUAAAUAGAAGGGGAUGCCCCGUACUCAAACUUUGUUUCCUUCCAAAGUCAUAUGGAAGAAGCAAACUGCUGCUGCCCUCCGUGGUUAUACAAAAAUAAUGAACACAGCGGGUAUGUGGGGGAGGAUCAACACCUUGGAGGCAGCACCCUGACCCCCAGCCCUCCAGGGAGCCCUUUAUUGCAUGAUCAGCCCUCAGUGCCUUCCUCAACACAGCUUAAAGCCACAGCUCCUUUCACACCCAGAAAACA